AUGCAUCUACCUCCACUUGGGAUAUUCGAUGGUCAUUCCUUCUCCAAAAUACACCACGAUAUCAGUGUUUCUGUUCCCAUGCUCCCGGGCGACUCGGAGCUAAGUAGACUUCAAGAUGUGGUUCACUUAUUGUUUCCACCUACAGUCCAUAUCCAGAAUGUGCACACGUUGGAGGGUCACAUACACCAUCUUCGCCUGAUAGAAUUGUCGAAUGGGCUGCAAUUAGUCCUAAAAUCUUCACCACCAUCGACAAUCCCUCUGCUGCGUCGGGAACGCCUUUCUCUGGAGACAGAGGCUCGAGCACUCGCAUUACUCGGGCAAUGUGCGAAUCCGUGCAUCCCUCAGCUCUUCUAUUACAACCCGCAAGAUGGCUCUCUAGGCACAACGUUUCUGUUGCGACAAUUUAUGGGAGGUUCUACACUUCUCGAGAUGGAACCGUUACUCACACCCGAAAAGCGGAAGGAUAUCCAACGGCACUUGGGUUUCUUGAUCAACCUGAUCGGUCAACAGGUUUCGACGUCAUUUGGGACCCUUGAGAAAGUUGCUUCUGGGGCCGGGAGCGAUUCAUGGCGUCAAGCCUUCAUUUCUCUUUUUGAAGAGAUACUUCGUGAUGCGGAGGACAUGCUCAUUCAUCUCCCAUAUGCGGAGAUUCGACGACAAGCUAUCCGUCUGUCUCCCACACUUGAUGAAAUCACCUUGCCACGCCUCGUGAUUGUCAACUUCGGCCGUCCUUCUCAAGUCCUUAUCGAUCCAGAAUUGAAACAAGUGACGGGCAUUGUAGGCCUUGGAAGUGCCCUCUGGGGUGACAUCCUGAUGGCUGAGAUUUUUGACAACCCUUCAGAUUCCUUUUUUGAGGGGUUCGGAUCGAAUAUCCCACACAACCAGUCCCCGAACACCCGUCUUCUCCUCUACGCUUGCUAUCGCUGCGUGUAUAAGAUUACGGAGCUCUAUUAUCACAACAAAAACAGUCUAAAGAUAGUUGAGCUGAUAGCAACGUUGCCAUUAAAAAUCAGAUGCUUCUGUAGAAUUGCUAGUACUAUUAAUGAUCCUCCAUAUGCACGGGGCAAUCCCUAUCGACCACCGCGCCUUCCACUUGGGCGGGGCGGAUCGCCAAGCGGCUCCGUUCAUGCGUCACUCUACCGGCCGGGCCUUGCUGGGCGGAACCAGUAUGCUCGAUACGGCAUCAACUCCCAGAUCAGUGCUAUCGCAUACGAUCCUGUCCAGUCUCUCCUCGCCGUAGGCACCAAUGACACUCAGUUCGGGAGCGGCCAGAUCUACGUCUUUGGGCAGCGACGGGUAUCCGUUGUCUUUCAAUUCCCACGGAAAGCGUCUGCCAAAUUCCUCCAGUUCUGCGCCGACAAACUGGUCAGCGUGGAUUCCAAGAGUGACCUCUGUGUCUUUUCGCUCGAGACGAAACAGAUGCUUGUAUCCUGGGCUCCUCCAAGCCAUGUUACAGCGUUACUGACUGAUCCGAGUCUUGACUACGCCUUUCUUGGUCUCCAGAAUGGCGAUGUCAUUGCGUACGAUCUCGAUCGUGAAACCUUGACUCCCUUCAAAAUACCGAACCUAUGGUUAGAGCGGAAUCCGCGAGUGCGGCUUACUCCAGUCAUGUCCCUAGCGUUCGCACCAAGAGACAUUGGAAAGCUUCUUAUCGGAUACCCCGAAGGUGCUGUUAUAUUUUCUGUGAAACAAAACAUAGCCCAAAAGUAUUUCGAAUAUGAAGUUCCUGCGGGUGCUGCGGGUGGUGACUCGGACCCGACACGCUCACGCGAAGCACGCAAACCACGACUGACCAAGGCUCUAUGGCAUCCAACAAACACAUUUGUCCUAACUAUUCAUGAAGAUACGAGCCUGGUUUUCUGGGAUGCCAAAGAUGGCCGAGUGGUCAUGGCAAGGAGUCUCGAAGAUGUCAAUGUCGACCGGCCGGGGUCACGUUCAGAGAGUCUAGGAUUGACCCCUGGAACCUUUGCACUCAAAGAACCAAUCUUCCAAGCUGCUUGGUGCGCUAAAGAGAACCCUGACGAUACAGGACUAUUGAUCGCCGGUGGUCGUCCAACGACUGAAAGAAACAAAGGACUGACCUUCUUGGAUCUGGGACCGACGCCAAAUUAUCAAACGUCUUCCUGGCAGAUGCUCUCGAAACACUUCGAGACGCCCAAGCGUCGGGUUAAUCUUCCUACACCUCCGGGUGCGGAAGUUGUUGAUUUCUGCCUUAUUCCGCGUUCGUCUCCCUACUUUGCUGGUGCCCACGAUCCAAUUGCUAUCAUUGCUCUGUUAUCAUCCGGAGAAUUGGUAACCCUUAGCUUUCCAAGUGGACAUCCUAUCUCCCCUACAAAUAUGCUCCAUAUCUCCCUUUCCUUCGUCCAUCCAUUCGUGACCAAAAUGGUGCUCGCUACUGUUAGUCGAUCAAAUUGGCUUGGGUUGAAAGAGAAACGAUCUCAAGGCCCCAAAUUCCUCCUUGGAGGAGCCGAAGCUAAGAAACUCUUGAAGCGUUUUGAAGAUCGUAAUAUCGUUGUAACAGCUCAUGCUGAUGGAGUGAUUCGUCUCUGGGAUGCUGGCCAGGAUGAUGAGAUAGAAAAUGGGGAGGUGGUCCAGGCAGAUUUGGCUCGCGCUGUCGGUCGCGAAGGAAACAUCGAUGUCACCCAGAUGUCUUUCACAGGAGUGUCAGGUGAAUUGUCGGUUGGUCUCAGAAGUGGAGAGAUUGUAGUUUUCAGAUGGGGACGAAACCAGAACGCCGGACGCGAAUUUCCUGCAGGGGCAAACGAGGGACCUGGGAGGUUGACGAACAUUACACACAGGACCGAUCCCGCUCUUAAGGAUGGACUCCUUCCACUAACCCUCUUGGAAACGCAGCAUGGGCCCGUUACUGCACUCAAGCAUAGCGAUGUCGGAUUUGUUUGUGCUGGCUUCGAAGAAGGUAGGCUUGUGAUCGUCGAUCUCCGCGGCCCUGCGGUCAUCUACGAUGCCGACAUCCGCGACUUUGUGAAGGUGCACAAUAAGCGAAGCAGCUUUAUGAAAAGUCGCACACAAGAUGCUCCAGCCGCGGAAUGGCCUACCUGCAUUGAGUUCGGUGUUUUGACUCUGGAAGGAGAAGAUUAUUCGAGCAUCUGUUGUUUCGUUGGGACGAAUCGGGGCAACUUCGCUACCUUUAAGAUCCUGCCUGCAAGCAAUGGGACGUUUUCGGUUUCUUUCGCUGGGACUUUAUCACUUGAAGAUAAAGUCAUUAGCAUCCAUCCUAUUGACGCAGACUCGGGUAGCCCAGCGCUGGCGACCCAGACUGCUGUGUCCGGCCUGAGAAAUGGCGACAAAGUGAAUGGGGUUGUUGUCGCUGUAACUCCAUCUGGUUGCAGGAUCUUUAGACCUGCAACGUCGAAAGGAGCUUCCAAAGAAUGGGAUGACAUCCUGUGUGAUUCUGCAGCUGUUGUAAAAACUGAGGGCAGAGGCUACAGUCUCGUUGGCCUCUUUGGAGACGGAAAUGCUCAUGCGUAUUCUAUUCCGGCUCUCAAGGAAAUUGGAUGUGCCGGGAUCAACAGUAUCCUGGAUAUAAGACGACUUUCGGAAGCCCAGAUAUCUCCAUCAGGCGACGUUAUUGGCUGGGUUGGGCCUUCAGAAAUUGCAGUAUUCAACGUCUGGGGCACUGGAACCGGACUGAAACCUUCGGAGGAUAAACUGUUUAAUGUAGAGGCGGCCAUUCCUCCCCGGCCGACUAUUUCGAAUCUGCAGUGGAUCGCAGGGACUCAAUAUGUUUCACCAGCCGAUAUGGAUUUGCUGAUUAGUGGUCCUGAUCGACCUCCUUCGAAGCGGAUGUUGGAACAAAUGCGGCUUGAGGAACGUGAGCGGCGCAAGGCUAUGCGAGAGGGCCGCUCCGCUACUCAAAGCUCAGCCUCCGGCUCAGAAAACGAAAGUUACUGGGCUUAUAUGCAACGGCAGGUGCAAGAGCGAACAGAAAGGCUUGGGAUCACGGGCGACAGCAUAGAAAGACUGGAGGAAAACAGCAGUAGUUUCGCCAAUGAUGUGAGCAAGUUCAUACAGAAUCAAAAGAGGAAAGCAGUUCUUGGUGGUAAUGUUUCCCUGCCCACAUUCUGCAUACAAUUUUAUGGCAUUAAGAUAUAUUAUGAUGGCAAGCUGACACAAAAUGGUUAA